CGGAUUAACCGCUCGAGAGAGAAAGCAAGGAGUCUGGACCAGACCAGGGUCGAAGGAGUGCGUGCAAAUUACGCUUAGAAGAUGUGCCUGACCUGCUGAGAUCCUCCAGCAUUCUGUGCAAGGUUGUUCCUCAUCUCUUCUCCUGGUUACCAUGGUGAAUGAGACAUCUCGAACCUGGGACCCUAAGUUUGAGGAUCAAGCUAUUAAUGUGAAUGUUGGAGGGUUGAAGAGGAAACUGAGCUCCAGCACGCUCUCUAAGUUCCCUAAUACCAGGCUUGGCCAGCUACUCACCUGCGACUCGGAGGAGUCCAUCCUCCGCAUCUGCGAUGACUAUGACGUCUCCAAGAGGGAGUACUACUUCGACAGGCACCCAGGGCUCUUCCCGUACGUCCUCAACUUCUACCGGACUGGGAAGCUGCACAUGAUGGAUGAGCUCUGCGUCUUCUCAUUCUCGCAGGAGAUCGAGUACUGGGGCAUCAAUGAGUUCUUCCUGGACUCCUGCUGCAGCAACCGAUACCACGAGCGCAAGACAGAGAGCAGGCGCAAGAACUGGGACGAGGAGAGCGACGUCAGCAGCAUUGACACCUCCCCAGAUGACAUCUCCAACUUUAACCGGGACUUGCUGAGAUUCGAAGGGAUGAAGUACGGAAACUGCCGGAAGCAGCUCUGGUUGACGUUGGAGAACCCUGGAUAUUCCAUCCCCAGUAGGCUCUUCAGCUUCAUGUCCAUCAGCGUUGUGCUGGGCUCCAUCGCCACCAUGUGCAUUCACAGCAUGUCCAAGUACCAGCACUUUGAUGAAUUUGGGGUGGAGAUCGAUGACCCCAGGCUGCAGAUGGUGGAGUAUUUCUGCAUUGCCUGGUUCUCCAUGGAGGUGUGUUCGCGGCUACUCCUGACCCCCAACGUCAAGAGGUUCUGCUUCCACCCGCUCAACGUCAUUGACAUCAUCUCAGUGCUCCCAUUCUAUAUCACCCUGAUUGUGGGCCUGAUCUUCGGCCAGUCCAUGGACUUGGAGAACCUGGGGAAAGUCAUCCAAAUCCUCCGGCUGAUGAGGAUCUUCCGGGUGCUCAAAUUAGCACGCCACUCUACGGGACUGCGAUCGUUAGGGGCAACCUUAAAGCACAGCUACCGGGAAGUCGGGAUCCUCCUCCUGUACCUGGGCGUGGGCGUGUGUGUCUUUUCCGGCAUGGCGUACACGGCAGAGAAGGACGAGGAUGUCGGACUGGGCACCAUCCCGGCCUGCUGGUGGUGGGGCACCGUGAGCAUGACCACGGUGGGCUACGGGGAUGUGGUGCCCAUCACGGUGGCGGGUAAGCUGGCCGCAUCGGGCUGCAUCCUGGGCGGCAUUCUGGUGGUGGCCCUCCCCAUCACUAUCAUCUUCAACAAGUUCUCCCACUUCUACCGGCAGCAGAGGGCGCUGGAGGAGGCCGUGCGGGGCAGCCGCAGGGUGGGGACAGAGGUGGCCGCCGAUGGGGAGGACGCCGGCGAGGAGGCGGGGCAGCAGGAUGACAGUGCACCACAGGACGCCACUGGAGCGGGGGGCCACAAACCCACCACAAAGUAA